AUGACCAACAAGACCAUCGCCGGCCACGUCCUGGUUCCCGCCACGGAAGCACAAGACCAGAUCGCGACCGAGCGCGAGUGGGAGGAAUGGGGCAAGCCAUUGUUGACGCAAGACCAAUUCAUUACUCGUGAGAAGCGCGUGCUUGGGCCUACGGACUUUUCCGUCACUCGUCGACAGCGGUGGGCGCUGGUGCCUGCGGACGAUACGACAACGACCGACUUUCUCUCUGCAUGCGAGACGUAUCGCCGACCGAUCCUGGUCAAGCGGCCAGGGAAGGACGAGGUGGAGCGAGCCCUUUCGUACAGCGUCUGUUCGGUCUUUGUCCCGGAAAACAAGCGACGCAACGGAUAUGCGGGGCAGAUGAUGAGGCUGCUGCAGCACAGCCUCAGUCCGCAAGACGACGUGCCUGCGCUGUUGGACCAGCAGGAGCAAGCGAGCAUCGAAGCGAGCGGUGCGCUGGUGGUUCCAUUGCACGAGGAAGGUGGCGAGUUCAAGGACGGCGGCAAGUACGGUGGCAACGCAACGUGCUCGUUUCUGUACAGCGAUGUAGGCGACUUCUACUCGCAAGCCGGAUGGACCGUGCUUGGCAACCGCCACGUCGAGUGGAAGCCCCUUUCGAGCCAAGACAGGCCAGAUCCCCUUCCGGACGGAGCAAAGUGGCUCCAGCCGGAAGAGCUCAGCGAGGUCGGUCGUAUCGAUCGCCAGUAUCUGCUCUCGCAGCUGCAGAACACCUCCUCCGACUCUACCGCCAUUCGAUUCUGCGUCGACGAUCCCGAAGCAACAUCGUGGCGAUGGCUCAUCAAGCGCUCCUACUUUUACGCUACGACGCUGCUUCCCGAGUCGGCACCCAAGCCAACCUUCUUCGGGCUCAAGCUUUCGUCAUCGAGCGGCAAAGAAGCUGACGCUUCGUAUGCAGUCUGGAUGUUUGACUUCAUCGAGCGCAAAGUGGCGUUCCUUAGACUGCGCUACACUUCUCCCUCUGCGUUUGCGCAGCUGGUAGGCGCGGUAAGACAACAAGCAGCCGAAUUCGGGAUGAAGAAGGUCGUCGCUUGGAACGUCGAUCUUGCCAGCUUGGAGGCCAAACUUACCGAUAAGGACGAGAGCAAGCUCAAGGAGGGAGAGAGGGUGGACAGCUUCGAGAAAGAGCUGCAAGGAGGCGUGGUGGUGGAGAGGAAGGGCAGCAGCGCAAGUCUCCCUGCGCUGGCUUGGUACGGUGACAAGAAGAAGGGCGAAAAGAUUGAGUGGGUGUGCAACGAGUAUGGCUGGUGGUGCUAG